UCACCCUCAUCCGGUUCCCCCCCCAGCCCCGCGGUGCCGCCGCUUUGGUUCCGGCGGUCCCGGGUUCCGCGAACGGAGCCUCUCCGGUGAUGGCGGCGGCGGCGGCGGCGGCGGCGGCGGGAGGGGCGAGCCGCGGGCUCUGGGGGCGCCUGGGGGACACCCGGCUCGGCCGCUGGUUCCGGGCUCUUCUCCAGGACUAUUCCAGCUCUCUCCGCGAAGCCGCAGCCGGUGCCCGGCGCCGCCCGCUGCUCUCGGCGGCAACUCUGGGGCUCCUGGGGCUCGGUGCCGGUCUGGCCACCUCCGUCCCGGACCGGGAAUCCCUGGAGAGCGCGGCCGUGGCGGCAGCGACAGCGCUGGGGAAACUCCCGGAGACUUCCCGGAGCCCCCGAGCCGAACGCCACGUCCUGAGGCUGCUGAAGCUGCGGGAGCGGGGGCGGCUCCGCGUCCUCAACCUGGGGGUCGUGGCCGUGGCCGGGGCCGACCCCCACGGCCGGGACCCCGCCCUGUACUCGGCGCGGUGCCCGCACCUCCGGCCGCGGCUGUGGCAGCUCGGGGCGCCGCUGGAUCUGGGCUUUUUGGGGCGCUGGUGGCUGCUGGAGGAGGCGCUGAGGGACAGCGACAUCAACGAGGAGGAGUUCGGGCACCUCCCGGAGCGGCUGCGGCGCCUGGAGCCCCGGGAGCUGCGAUCCGAGAGGAACGAGAGGCUCCACCGGGAGAGGCUGCGGGCGGUGGUGCUGAGCGAGGAGGAGAUGAGGGAAUGAGGGGCUGGGAUCCUCUGGGGAUACUCUGGGGAUACUCUGGGGAUCCUCUGGGGAUCCUCAGGGGAUGCUCAUGGGAUGCUCAUGGGAUCCUCCGGGGCUGAGAGGGAUGGGAUCCUCACGGGAUCCUCACGGGAUGCUCACAGGAUCCUUGGGAUCCUCUGGGGAUCCUCAGGGGAUCCUCUGGGGAUCCUCUGGGGUACUCAGGGGAUCCUCUGGGGAUGCUCACAGGAUCCUCACUGGAUGCUCCAGGGCUGAGAUGGAUGGGGUCCUCUGGGAUCCUCAGGGGAUCCUCAGAGGAUGCUCACGGGAUCCUCUGGGACUGAGAGGGAUGGGAUCCUCACGGGAUGCUCAGGGGAUCCUCAGAGGAUGCUCAUGGGAUGCUCUGGGGCUGAGAUGGAUGGGAUCCUCACAGGAUCCUCAGGGGAUCCUCACAGGAUGCUCAGGAGAUCCUCCGGGGCUGAGAUGGAUGGGAUCCUCACGGGAUGCUCAGGGGAUCCUCAGAGGAUGCUCAGGGGAUGCUCUGGGGCUGAGAUGGAUGGGGUCUGGGAUCCUCACAGGAUGCUCACAGGAUCCUCUGGGGAUGCUCACGGGAUCCUCAGGGGAUCCUCAGGGGAUCCUCUGGGGCUGAGAGGGAUGGGAUCCUCUGGGGAUCCUCAGAGGAUGCUCAGGGGAUGCUCUGGGGCUGAGAUGGAUGGGAUCUGGGAUACUCAGGGGAUGCUCACAGGAUCCCCUGGGGAUCCUCCAGGAAUCCUCCGGGGCUGAGAGGGAUGGGAUCC